AGAAAAAAGAAAAUGAGGAACAUUUGCUUUUGCCCAAUACGCAUUUAAUUUGCCUUACAUGCAAAUAAUUGUUGUCUCUGACAGAUUUCCAUGCUGUCAACUGAUACUUAGCUUCUGUAAGCCGUUUGUUGGAAAUGAAACAUAUCAGCAGCUGCCAGUCUGAAGUCACACAUUAAGACGAACCGAGAGCAAACAAGAUGGACAAAGUUCUGCUGCUCAUCAUGGCUGCAUCAGGGCUGAGUGCUGUGUCAUCACACGCUGGACUCCCGUACCAUUUUGUCUAUGAGCAGAAGAACAUGACUGAAGCAAAAAGUUACUGCAGAGAGAAAUACACAGACCUGGCCACUGUAGACAACAUGGAGGAUGUGAAGACCCUGAACAACAUGGCAGAUUCAAGCAAAAUGGUCUACCCAGGAUACCAAACAUACUACAACUAUCGAGCCUGGAUAGGACUGUACGAUGACGUGGACAGCUGGCGGUGGUCACUGACAAACACAAGUUUCUACAAACCUGGGGAGGCUGAGUUCAGACGAUGGCGGACUGGGGAACCGAAUAAUGCAUUCAGUAAAGAACACUGCACAGCGAUGGGUGUCGAUGGGCCAUGGAACGACUUCAGUUGUGAAAGCUCCAAGAAGGCAGUCUGCAUACAUGUCAGAGGGCCAGAUGUGACUUUUAUCCUCACUGACAUCUCCAUGACGUGGCCUGCGGCCCAGAGCUACUGCAGAGAACAGUACACAGACCUGGCCAGUGUGAGAAACAGCACAGAGAACCAGAAGGUGCAGAAGCUGAUACCUACUGGAGAAUCAGUCUGGAUCGGCCUUUUCAGAGACUCCUGGAAGUGGUUGGAUGGAAGUACUUCCUUAUUCAGGUACUGGAAGACUGGGGAACCCAACAACAACGAUGGGACUGAGAUUUGUGUGGCCGCAGCCUUCAAUCAAUCUGGACAAUGGGAAGACUGGAACUGUGGCGUCAAGAGAGCAUUCAUUUGUUUCGGUCCAGUGCCUGCUUCAAAGCAUGUGAUAAGACUGACGUUGGAGAAGAAGAACUCCCUGGAUCUGAAAAACCCUGCUGUGAUGGAGGCCAUGUUGAAGCAGCUCAAACAGAAGCUGAAGGCCCAGGGGCUGGACGACAACAUCACACUGAGCUGGAGGAAGCAGGCCGAUGGAAAAGUCUUCCACAAGAAGAAGAAGGAUGAGCUGUAAUCAGCACUGCGUGUGUUUCUUUCCUUAGAGUCCUAACGGGCCAGAAUAGAGAUGUGACAAUCAGCGGAUUAAAACUAUUUUAAUAAUCACUUCAUCCUUUUAGACAUUGGCGAUUAUGCUAAAUAUUUACCGCUUCCAGCUUCUCAAUAAUGAAGUUUUGAUUUUUUUCUUCAUCAUAUAUGAUCAUAAACUUAAUAUCUCUGGGCUGUAGACUGUUGGAUGAUUGAAACAAGACUUUUGAAUGUAUCUGCUUCGGCUGUGGGUAAAUAUAACAGACAUGUUUCACUAGUUUCUGACAUUUUGUAGAAUAGAUACUUUAAGAUUAGAAAAGAUUUGACUGUGAAAAAAGCCUU